AUGCUGUCGUCUUACAGAAAAGGAAAAGAAGAUACUUCAAACGAAGUAUACCAUUCUACUGGUCCGUCGUACCCAAGUCCAUCGAGUAUGCUUCUAUUCCAGACACAGACCUCAUUCACGCCGAGCAGUUUUGCCGAACUGCUGUCCGGUUCGUAUUCCGAGCUGCCGCUGAACGAGGAGAUCGACUCACUGACGGACGUGCAUGCCGUGCUGACGGACGCGGCCGAACAACAGCAACCGAAUCACCAGCAACAGCACCAGCACAAUGGUGCGUCGGGCCUCCAGUUGCCGAGUUUCCAGGAGACGUACGCCGCCACGGGCGCGGGCGUAGGGUUCAAAAUGGAAGAGGAUUACGGUCCGCCGACCGCUGCGGCGGCCGCGGUGACCAUGACCGCAUCAGCCGCUUAUCAUCAGCAACACCACCACCCCCAUAUACACCUCCACCAACAGCAGCAGCAGCAUCAUCAUCAGCAGCAGCAGCAGCAACAGCAGCAGCCACAGCCACAGCAACAGCCGGUUCAUCAUCAGCUCCAACACCAACACCAUGUCCAACAACACCAGCAGCAGCAACACAACGGACAGCAGCAUCAGCACCUCCAUCACGGACCGCCGGCCCCGGCCCCGGCGCUCAUACAUUUCAACUAUCACUUUCAACACUUUCCGGGCGCGUUGCCGCCGCCGUCUCAGCAGCCGCCCGAUUCGCCGACCGCCGAUCAAGGUGGCACAGCGUCCGUGUUCGAACCCAUGUUGGAUCACGUGCAGGGUGUCAUGUCACCCAAGCGACAUCAUCCACAGCAUCACCACCACCACCACCACCAACAACAACAACACCACCAUCAACAGCAACAACAGCAACAACAGCAACACGUCGUCGUAGCUGUAAGUCACCAGCACCACCAUCAACAACAACAGUCCCUUCAAGUACCUCAGCCACCGCCGACGCCGCGGCCAACGGCCACGUCUCUGAUGAUUGACACGGCCACGGAGCAGCUGCAGCACGUCGUCAACAACGCCACUUUGGUGGACGCCAACAGGAGCUCGAGGACUUCGUCGGUCGCCGCAGUAUUGGCACUAAGGACCGCCACCGAUCCGUCCGCCAGCAAUUCCUUGUCGCCGAAAUUACGGCACUGCAUCAACACACUAUCGGUGACCGUGCCCGUCGAAUGCUCACCGCCUACUCCAGACGCCGCUUGUAUUAUGCCGCAGAGGAACGCCACCGCCGUGGCCACUGCUCCGUCUUCGCCGUCCCAAUUGUGUGCCGUGUGCGGUGACACUGCCGCGUGCCAGCAUUACGGGGUGCGCACGUGCGAAGGAUGUAAAGGAUUUUUCAAGCGGACCGUGCAGAAGGGCUCCAAGUACGUCUGUCUGGCCGACAAGAACUGUCCGGUGGACAAGCGCCGACGGAAUCGGUGCCAGUUCUGCCGAUUUCAGAAGUGCCUACAGGUGGGUAUGGUGAAGGAGGUGGUGCGAACAGACUCACUGAAGGGUCGCCGCGGGCGGUUGCCGUCCAAGCCCAAGUCGCCGCACGGGUCGCCGCCCAGCCCGCCGGUAUCGCUCAUCACAGCACUCGUCCGGGCCCACGUCGACACCAAUCCGGACUUCUCGUCGCUGGACUACUCUCAGUAUCACGAGCCAAAACCGUUUGAACCACUGAUCACCGAAGCGGAAAAAAUUCAACAGUUUUUCGGAUUGCUCACGACGUCCGUGGAAGUGAUCAGACACUUCGCCGAAAAGAUACCAGGAUUCAAGACUUUGUGCAAAUCGGACCAAGAUUUAUUAUUUCAGUCGGCAUCUCUAGAACUAUUCGUUCUCCGUCUCGCGUACAGGACCAAAUACGCCGAUACGAAACUAAUAUUUUGUAAUGGGGUGGUUCUGGACAAACAGCAGUGCCACCGGAGUUUCGGCGAUUGGCUACAAGCUAUAUUGGACUUCAGUCAAUCAUUACACUCGCUGGACAUCGAUAUAUCAUCUUUCUCUUGCCUGUGUGCCUUAACUCUGAUCACAGAACGACACGGUCUCAGAGAAGCGAAAAAAACCGAACAGAUCCAGAUGAAAAUCAUCAACUCUUUGAGGGAGCACAUCACUUACAGCAUGUCCGAUUCGCAGCGCAAAUCUUAUUACUUCUCGAGACUGCUUGCAAAACUGACCGAGUUGCGUUCACUCAGCCUGCAGGGUCUCCAGCGGAUAUUCUACCUGAAACUGGAAGACCUGGUGCCCGCACCUCCGUUAAUUGAGAACAUGUUCAUUGCUAGUUUACCAUUUUGA